GGCUGUAUAACUGCUAUGUGCUUCCUGUUCUGCUGUACAACAGCGGAACGUGGGGACUGACGCCGUCCGAGCUGAGCGGACUCGAAAGCUUUCACCGCCGACAACUACGUAGCGUACUAAACAUUCGCUACCCUCAGCGAAUCUCUAACGCCACGCUCUACGAAAUCUGUCAAGAACGCCCGCUCCGCCACAGAAUCACAGCAGCACGAUGGCGUCUGUUCGGCCACAUCCUGCGCCGGCCCGAGAUCCCAGCGUACACCCAGAUGGCCGCCUACUUCGACUCGUCGUCCAAGGGAACCUGGCGUGAACGCCCACGCACGACACUACCGACUGUGCUCGAAUCUCGAGCGGAUACGCCUAUCGCCUCGAGACCCGCCGUGACCUGGACCAACUUCGGCUGCUCGCACAAGAGAUACCUAAAUGGAAAGCCCUCGAGAGGGCAACUGUCGCCGCACUGCCGGCGAAGAAGGACCCGACGUAUGCGGACACCACCUUAUGCCGUCGACUAGCAAAGCUGAGCCUAGCGACAGCAUAGUGUGGCAACGCGAAAACGUAAUACAUUACAUUA